GGUAGUUCAACCAUUUUUUCUAUGUAAACACCAAAUGCCCACAUUUCCCGUUUCAAAUAUUGCCCAAUUUCAGUGACAACUUUUCCAUCCCACUACUGUUUCUGGUUGUAGGAGAUCGCGUUCCCCGAGGUCCAUUGCUCCGCCAAGCCUCCGAUCCGCUCAGUCAUCCCACCAUCCGAGGGCGCAGUCUGCCAGCUGGUCUGGGUCCAUGGUCUUCCUACUCGGAACCAGGUCCGGUCCCAGGUCCUUCACAUGUCCCCUUGUUCCAGCAAGCCCUACUAAGUCCUCGGAUUCAACUACCACCAGCCGGUAGUGGACCAAGCCAGCUAGAACCACUUGGAGGUGCACGACCGACGAGCUUUCAGUCAACCGCAUUGAACGGCGCAGGAUUACAGGGACAAAUUAAUCGGCUGAGUCUGGCUCAGCUACAGGCACUGUACCAACAGUUACUGCAACAGUACGAACAGUUAUUACAACAACAGCAACAGAGACAGCAGCAGCAACAACAACAACAGCUGGACCAAGCAGGAGUUCCGAUUGAUAGUACCUUGUACGCAACCGUUCAACGACCUACUGGGACCAAUCUACUCAAUUUGUUAACCCUUGUACAGAGAGCUAUAGCUCAACAGCAGCGACAGCCAGCUGCAUUUCCCGGGCUGCAAUACCCUCAGGUGCCUCCUGGAUCUGCUAACAACGCUGCUCAACUUCUUUCUGGCCUAUCCACUUCAACUGCGCUGACCAAUUUGGCAAGAGCUCUGCUGCCCACGGCGACAAUGGGCGUGCCACCCAGCGAACAGCCUGCAUUGCCAAGAGUGCCUGUGUACGCCGCUCAGCCAUCACCGCUGGCUCCCACUCUCCAGUACACUCCACAAGGAUUGGCCUAUCUGCCGACUCAGGCAAGGCCUGGAGUAGGUUCGCUACAAAAUGUCACCGCGCAACAACAACAACCACCCCUUCUUGAUUCAGAACUGGAGCGAUUAUAUCUCGAGCUUUUGGCAGCCCGGACCUCAAUGUCUCUACAGCCUUCUACAGCGGCAAGAAUUCAGACCCUGUUGGCUGCUGAUACUGGCUUACAAACCGGGGAGUUCCUGUCGGAUCCUCAACUGCUGGCAGAACAGAGAAGAAGGGAUGAACUCCAGCGAACACGAGUUCUUCUGAGUGACCAAGAACGACGACUGUUCGAAGAGCUGCGGGCGCUGAGACAACGACGCGCUGGAUUGGCUAGACAAGAAGCACAAGCCAGGAUACCAUCUGGGGCUCCUGGACUUACUCCUUUAGAAAGCUACCGUCGGGCAACAGGUCGAAUGGCAGCCAGCGAAAGCUUGCGGAGUCGCGGACAAACCAGGGCUCUUCAAUCUGUUGGACGAUCAGGUUCAGCUGAUGCUGCACGAAUCCCCUAUGGUGAUACGUACGAGCUUGAACAAAGUGAAGAUGCCGCACUUCUUGCGUUGUUGGAACAACGUUUGGCGAGGACGGAUGCCAGGCAUUUGCUUUCCGAUGUGGAGGCCGGAUAUCCGGACAAGAACGAUAUUCCUAUCAAGGCGGUUGGGCCUCAACAACGUUCAGGACAUGUGGUGGAUGGAUCUAGUCAAGCAAUCCUAGGCGAAGGUGGACCUGGUGAGAUGGAACGAGAACUGGAAGUGUUCCCACGUCAGCCCCGAAUACACCUGGAAGGUUCCCCAACCGAAGCAGUUGAAGGCCGGUAUCUCCCACCUGCAUAUGGUGCACCUGGAAGGAAUCGAACCUACUCCGGUUCACCAACAAUGCAUUCAGGUCACGGGCCACCUUUCCGUACUACCUAUGUGCCUUCUUCACCAUCUAGACGACCCCGUCAAUGGGGGCAGUCCAGUUAUGAUGAACAAACUGCUCGCUUCACAGAUAUUUCACCGGGAGUGAGUCCUGUAAGAACCCCAUCAACUCGUUUACUCCGAUCUCCUGUGAGUCCGCCGCUUCGACCAUCUGGCUACGAUCGCCGGCAUGGUGGUGGAGUCCUCGACACUGGAAGUCAGUCGGAUACUGGUCUCAUAGGUGAUUAUGGCAGACGAGGAUGGCCUUCACAUGAAUACGGUGGAAGACGUCCGUACCGAACAAGCCGAAGCGGACGAAUGGACUUUCCUCAUCAGCGUGGUCGACCCCAGAACGAUCGUCUCUUCCAUAGCCCCGGACGUGUGCCAGGUUUAGAGGAGUUUCGUGGGUAUGGUGCACUAGAUCAUGUCCCGGAAGCCGCGCUGAUUACACUCAAUCGAUUAUCUGCUUCAACUCACAUCUGGUAUCGACCUGAAAUGUCUCGAACUCAAUCCAUUGACCUUGUUCGGGCGGACCCACCUGGGACGUUUGUCGUCCGAAACAGUGGGAGCUUUCCGCGAUCAUUUGGUCUCGUGGUCAAAGUGUCCCGCGCCCAACAGGCCGAUACAGGAGACGAAAGUGAGGUGGUACGGCAUUACUUGAUCGAAGGACUACCUACCAGCCCAAGUGUGAUGUCUCAAGCGAUUGGUGUACCAGCGGCUUCACUUGCGCCGUCCAAUGUCCCAAUGGGUCCAACCGCAAUGAGUGUCACUCACGGUCCUGUCCGAUUACGGGGCUGUUCAAAUGAACCUAUAUUCACCAAUCUGGUCAGUUUACUAUAUGAGCAUGUCGUCCAACCGCUGGCGCUUCCAUUCGCCCUUCGACUGCCGUUUAAAUCUCCGGCACCGACUUCAAGCCUACCUUCAUUGAUUGCGCUUUCUACACGGUCAGGAGAACCGAUGGACCGCGCCACUCGCCCCCACCGUCACCAUACUGGGGGCCAUCUGUCAGAAGAUAGUCCACGUGGCCCUGCGCAACGUGGUCAGCUGACCCGCCAUCCAUCGGACCCACUUCCUGGAGACGUAUCAGUAGCAGCUGUUGGUUCCUACUACUCGUCCUCCCAUGCUACUGGGCAACUUCCACCAGGACAGUAUCCUUCCGGUCGCCAAGACGGAUUGGCUCCACCCCAUUCCAGAGGACCAUUCUCCCAAGGGCGAUCUCCACCAUCUGCCUACGAGACUGAAUUUGGUCCCAUGCCAUUUGGCGUACCCACCGGCAAGUGGCGAACAUUCACGUCAAUCUACCUGGGAAGUAUUGACACGGAGAAUCUGACCGGUUCAUCAGCUAUCCGCAAGGCUGUAGAUGUGCUUCUGGAGAAUUCUGCUCAGGUGAAACAAACCGAAGUGACAAUCAAAGUAACUCAAGACGGCCUGACGGUGACGGACAACUGGAGAAAGCUUUUCUUCCGUCGCCACUAUCCCUUGUUUUCUGUGUCCUACUGUGCGAUCGAUCCGGCACAGCGGUGCUGGGAGUCGCAGGAACUCAGAGCAAUGGGCUUCAAAGCAUCUAGGAUUUUCGGAUUUGUUGCCAGAAAGCAAAACACUCGAGAAAACAUGUGUCACGUGUUUUGUGAUACGCCGGACUGUAGCUGCAGUACCAUCACGGAAUACAUAAUGUAUCGCUUGAACGAUUACUGAUGUCAAACUGGACUGAGAUCCCUUGUGAAGCGUUCCCAGUGAUAUCCUGCAGAUCAAUAUUGGUCAGAUUGCGAAUCGACAAAUUUCGUUGUCCAUCAGAAGGAACUCCAAAGCCCACGGCACAAUCAUUGUAUCUAUAAUGCUGGAUUCUCCACCGUCUUUCGUUUGAAUGAAUCACCACGAUGUGAAUACAUAAGUUCAGUCUUCCCGAUAUUUUCUCCAUUCGCGAAGCGGAAUGGUUCCGCUGGCACCGUUUCCCAGAGAGAAAUUAAUCGAUAAUGUUAAUAAUAGCGCCGGCCCACUACCGUCGCCACACAAAGUGCAAAAAUUGCGUAGCCCAGUUAAGUCGCUUUCCAGAAGAAAAAACCUCUUGAUCAUACAUGACAAACAAACCUUAGGACCAACCUAUAUUUUACCGUUCCGUCUGAUUUUUACCACCACAGCUAUCAAUACUUCCUUGUUUUCUUUGAACUAUGCAUACCUCGAUCUUCGACAGUAUUUGUGCAAUCAACGAAUUCCCUAUAGCGAUACACACGAACGCACUCGCUCACAAAUGCACUUUCUCAUCCUUGAAAGAGUCGGUUUUUUACAGACUAUGUACAGCUUCCUGGUGUACGGUGGACCAAACAGUACAAUUGAACAGAAUCUGUUAUCAUCUCCUAUCCGUUUGGAUCACGUUAAAUUUGGUGUUCACACGGAUAACUUUCGACAGAGAGAGAGAGCCCUGAUCGUUCGAAUAAAUCUCAUAACUUGAGAAACCUUCAGUUAUACUCUGGCCCAAUUCUUAUUUUCCCACAAAAAGUAGGUGUCACAGACAGUGAAUGUACCUUGAAUAUCCUGUGAUAAAUUGGACAUUCUCUAUGACCAGUCCUUGUUGUAUUGAUUUACUGCGAAGCAGAUUAGUUCAGCAUCGUCAAUAACGAGAACAACGGGACCCCCUGACCGUAUUUAUGCCGAACGUAUCCGGCCACUGUGAAAACCGCGAUCGAUUGGAAUCGAUCUAUGUUGACCAGUGUUUGUAUCCCGGGACCUGACUCGUAUUCAUUUUGCACACCUAUUUCCGAUCAUCAACAGAGACGCGUCUUCUAUGCCUUGGAAUUGCAGACGUUGUGAUUGAUAUUUCCCUUUGGUCCCGAGUGUACCUCAUUCGCAACUCAUUUGCUCUGGUUUCUCGAUGGAAGAUCUUCUUUCUUCCCCAGUGUCGAUCUGUUCACUUGCAAACAACCAGCAAUAUUUUUUCAGUCUGGCUGUUCGCCUCAACCACUUUCGCAUGUGCAUGCUUUAAUCGGAUGGGGUCAAACGGAAUGUGACCACCGGACGGAGACGUUCAAGGACAAUCAAUAUAUACUCCGGCUUUUAAAUGCUCGCGUCCGAUCCUGUGCUUAUGCCUCAAGACAAAGCUGGUGCCGGUAGCUUAGGUAUACGCACAAAUUUAUACUUCCAAUCUCUAGUAACUCUUCAAAUUAUCGAUUUUUGUGUUAAUAUCAUGUGCAUCUAUAUGCAGCCGCAUACAUGAUAUAUACAUAUUCACUAUUCCACUUGAUCUUAUAAGAAUAAAGCGG